AUGCGCUCGCAAGGUAUCAUCUGGCCACUCGCCUGCUGCCUCUGGCUGCUGCUGCUCCUUCCGCUCCGGAUCCGCUCCCAGUGCGUUGAUACGGGCGAGCCGGGCUGCCGGCACCCGGCGGAGGUGGGCAUUCCACAGCGCUACUGCCUCGAUCCAACCAAGUACUGGCUCUGCUCAGCCCUCGGCCUGACGGCAGCGCUGAGGAAGUGUCAGGCCAACACUGGAUUCGACCAGGAUCUCAACGCCUGCGUGCCAUGGCCUGCCUGGGUGUGGCAACCGUGCAUAGAGCCGCCCAGUCGUCCGCCGGGCUUUAUACCUUGUUGA